AUGCCUGGGCGCAGCGACAUGGAGCCGCCGGCCGCUUUCUCGGGCUUCCCGGCCCCGCCCUCGGUCGCGCCGUCGGGGCCGCCGCCGUCGCCGCUUGCCGGAGCCGAGCCCGGGCCGGAGCCCGAGGAGGGGGCCGCGGGCCGCGGGGAGCCGGAACCUGCGCCAGCGCCGGGCCCGGGCCGCCGGCGCCGGCGGCCCUUGCAGCGCGGGAAGCCGCCCUACUCGUACAUCGCGCUCAUCGCCAUGGCGCUGGCUCACGCCCCCGGCCGCCGCCUCACGCUGGCCGCCAUCUACCGUUUCAUCACCGAGCGCUUCGCCUUCUACCGCGACAGCCCGCGCAAGUGGCAGAACAGCAUCCGCCACAACCUCACGCUCAACGACUGCUUCGUCAAGGUGCCCCGAGAGCCGGGCAACCCGGGCAAGGGCAACUACUGGACGCUCGACCCGGCGGCCGCCGACAUGUUCGACAACGGCAGCUUCCUGCGGCGCCGCAAGCGCUUCAAGCGCGCCGAGCUGCCCGCGCUCCCUGCCGCGCCGCCCGCGCCCGCCGCCGGCCCGCCGCCCUUCCCCUACGCGCCCUACGCGCCCGGCCCCGCGCUGCUCGCGCCGCCUCCUCCCGCCGCUCCGGGCUCCACGCCGCCCGCGCGCCUCUUCAGCGUCGACAGCCUGGUGAGCCUGCCGCCCGAGCUGGCGGGGCUGGGCGCCCCCGAGCCGCCCUGCUGCGCUGCGCCCGACACCGCCUUCCCGCCCUGCGCGGCAGCCGCCUCCCCGCCACUCUACUCGCCGCCGCCCGAACGCCUGGGGCUGCCCGCGACGCGUCCUGGCCCCGGACCGCUGCCCGUCGAGCCGCUGCUGGCCUUGGCAGGGCCGGCGGCCGCGCUCGGCCCGCUCGGCCCGGGGGAGGCCUACCUGCGGCCGCCGGGCUACGCGCCGGGGCUGGAGCGCUACCUGUGA